AUGGAGACGGAGACGUGUUUGUCUUUUUCCUCGCAUGGCGGCGGGAGGACGCCGCCGACCCCCCCGCCGCCUCUGGAGCACAGAGGCUCCUUCUUGCCGUGCGAUGAGUCUCACAAAGACGCGCACGUCGCUCCUCUUCCUCGCCGCCUCGGCGGGCGCUCGGACGCGUACGCCGCGGGGAGCUUCGGGGAGGUGGACUUUACGCACGACGCGGACCCGCCGAACUGUCCGGUCAAACAGAGCAAAUUCUUGGAGGGUUUGAACCGGGACCACAAGCCCGACUUUAUGACCGGGAAGGCGCCCUUCUACCAGGUCACAUCAGAAGUCAGAGAUAAAGGAGCUCUAAAAAGCCCGGGCUACUCUCGCAUGGGCCCCGACUGCUGUGGGAAGUUGAAGGAAACUUCGGCAGGCAGAGGCUUGCAGGGUGACUCCAUCGCCGACUCCAUCGACCUCUCGGGCAAAAACAAAAAGCGGCGCAAUCGCACCACGUUCAGCACAUUCCAGCUUGAGGAGCUGGAGAAAGUCUUCCAGAAGACGCAUUAUCCUGACGUGUACGCUCGCGAGCAACUGGCCUUGAGGACCGAGCUAACCGAGGCCCGAGUUCAGGUUUGGUUUCAGAAUCGUAGAGCCAAGUGGCGGAAAAGGGAACGCUAUGGGAAGAUCCAGGAGGUCCGCAACCAUUUCACUCCAGCAUAUGACAUCUCUCUCCUUCCUCGCCAUGACACCUACCAGAUGCAGGGCAAUCUGUGGAAGGGGGCAUCAGGAGGAGGUGGCAGCGUGGGUGCCGGUUGUGUCAUCGGACCCGAAUCGCUGUCCCCGUCCUGCAUGGGUCCAUACCCUCACCCUCACAGCAAUCUGCAGGGCUUCAUGGGCAUUCCCACAUCCCCCAGCCAUCACCCCCACCCACCGCACCGUCACGGCAUCAACAGCCUUUACUCUCUCCACGGCUUCCCCGCAGCCCUUGGGUCUCCAUCCAUCGAGGGUCCAGAGACCGAUUACAAGCCCACAGGCCUAAUGGCGCUGCGUAUGAAAGCCAAAGAUCCCGGCAGCAUUCUCUCCUGGCAUACAUGACAACAUUGCCGUCUCCCCUGCAGACACUGACUGAGCCAAAGCAUAUUCGUACUUCCUCUUAACAUUUCUGUUAGCCAACCUGGAGACUUUUCAAAGCUAUGAAGAUUUGGCAAUUGGAAAUGCAUGAAGCCAAAGUGCAAUG